AUGGAAGGAAAAUUGACGGUAUACAAACCCUUUGAUGGGAGUACCAUAGAAGAGUUUGAGGCGCACGUUCCCAAAAAAGAAGAUUUCUUGUUAUGUAAGAACUGUGGAUGGAGUGCCGACGAUGCUCUACACUCUGCUUAUGCAAGUCAUGUUAGAUGUAAAACCAACAGCAAUAGAGGUUUAUGGUUCAUCGGCGAUAAAUAUGUUUUGAAGGAAAAACCUAUUCACAAUUAUGGAAUGGAAGACUAUUGGGGUGCUGAGUACGCAAUGGCCAAAUUCUUGAGCGAGAAUACAACUGUACCUGUACCCAAAGUCAUAAGUUACUGGAAGGAUAGUACAAGUCAUUUCAUGUUGAUGGAAAGGAUCCCAGGUGAGACUCUUCAGGCAGCUUUGGAUAAACAGCACAUUGAUGAUAGCCAGCUUGAGACCAUCUUGAAAGAAGUGGUCGAAUAUCUUGUGCAGAUACGCAAAUUUACUUCGAUGACAUUGGAAGAUCCAGAUGGUUCACCUAUAAGAGACUAUCUUUUAGGCGCUGAGUUCCAAAGGGUACUCUUCGUGACGGAAGAUAUUGACGAAUGGUGGGCUCGUACUGCAUCCCGAAUAGAAUCCGGGAAAUCAGAGGAAUGGAAGAAGGAUUUUAAGGAACGAUAUCCUGUGAAAGGGGGACCCUACGUGCUCACGCAUGGCGACUUGAAUCCGAGUAACAUUAUGGUCAAAGAUGGCCAUGUUUCCGGUCUCAUCGAUUGGGAACGUGGUGGUUAUCUUCCUGAAUGGUGGGAGGCCGUAACAACUCGCGAAGCAGGAUACACAGGUACUGCGCUGGUUAGAGAGAUGGAACAACAAAUUGGGCCAUUUCCAGUCGAAAUGAAAAAGUUUAAGGAUGAGUAUUCCUGCUAUGUUAAGCGUUUCCCUCGGGUGGAGGUUGUCCCUUGCCCUGAGUUUGAUAGAUGGAGUUAUAUGGUAUGUCCCAACUUUCGUCGAUAUUACGAAGAAGUCGCAGUCGGGUAUGAAAGGACGCUUUGGGGACGAGAGAUACGUGAGCAAGAGGCAAAAGAAGCGGCUGAAGAAGCGGCUAAACAAGAUGCUGAAGAAGCUGAGGCUUUCAAGGCUUUCAAAGCUCUAAGUUUGGAGGAAAGGGAAAAGUUAAAGAACAAGGAUUAG